AUGAAUGCAUCUUCAGGGUCUUCUUUCUUGGGGGCCCCACUCGAUAUCGUCGCCAGGAGGCUCAAGCAGGAGCUGGCUGGAGGGCCCUACGCACGCGGCAAGGCCCCGCCGCAAGGGCUAUCGCAGCCUCCUCAGCCCCUCACACUUGCCGCCUCUGCCGCAUGCGCAGGUGCGACUGCUGAGUUGGAGGGGCCGACCACACAGGGGGAGGCGGCUUCCUUGCAGAAGAAUCAGCAGAAGACAAGCUCCGAAACCGAGCUCCGAGGAGGAAGUCACGGAGGCAUGGGAGGCAUUGUGACGGACCGUUGCGAGGCGACUGCCUUUAGCCACCCAGUAAGGGCUCCCCUUGAGGUACGGGGAAACAUUUUCCUGCCUCUUGCCAAGGGCGAGGCGGGGCUGCUGCACGCUAAGUACAUUGCGGACACCAAGGGGCACACCCGUAACUCCUCAGGUGCGAGGCUGCUCCAUGGUGUCCCAACUACAGAAUCGCCUCGGGGCGGGGGCCUUGUGGUGAUCAUCGCGUCAAAGGAAUUGCUGGUGGAGGGGCAGGUAAGCUCUUCCGGGGAGCCUGGGUGGGGUUGCGAAGCUCAUGCAGCCUCUUUAAGCGCCUCUCGCCAGGCCUCGGGUUAUCGGGGAAAGGAGGGCCUUGAGCUGCGUGAGGGCUGGCGCGGAGCGAAGAUUUUAAAGGCUGCUUUGAAAAGCCUCUUUAAAAAGUCUGGAAAGGGAUCGAAGUCACCAACAAAUGCGAUUCCAGGAGCCGCUGCAGCAACGUGCGCGGCUGCAGGCAGUGGCGGCUCUAUUGUGCUGGUCGCCGAAGCUCUGGUAUUCCCGAACCCAAUGAGGAGUGGGAGGAUUACAGCCGCAGGCGGCGGCUGUCUCAGGACGUCGCCUGGUGGGAAGGGCUCAUUCAGUGGUGCUGCUUCUGCAGUUUCUAAGCGUCGGCAGCGUCCUCUUCACGAGGCAACGGAGAUAAUCUCUGAAGAAUGCGCAGCGGGAGGGGGAGGACGCAUUGCGAUAUAUGCCGAACAGCCGCACCCUCUUGACCCGCUGGUCCUGGCGCCUGGAGGGUGUGCGCUGCACAGCGGUCGAUUGGACUUGCUGCCCUGCCUCUGUGGGGGAGGGGGCACAGUGUUUUCUCGGGCACACCGUCGACUCGUGGUCACAAACAAACUCAGUGCGGUCGCUGCGGCUGCUGCUGCUGCAGCUGCUGCAGCCGGCGCGCAGCCAGGCAUGUGGAGCUCACGGAGUCAGCCUGCCACACCACACGUUUUCAAUUCCCAAAACAAAGAGGAGUACGAAGAUAUCAAGGGGUCGCCCAUGGCAGAUACACAGGAAGCUUCGGGGUCCUUGCGCGAAGUCCCAGCAAUUGACGGAACCCCUGCAGCGGCCCCUUCUGGAAUAGAAGCGUUGGCUGUUCUAAGCGUCCAGCCAACCCCGUUGCCAGUGCCUCUCUAUGCCCCAACAAUAACUGUCGCAGUUGAGGCUUCCGUUGUUACCCUCCAAAGCAGCCCGUUGGCUGUCCGAGGGUUCCAGGAAACCUCUGGCUCAUCAGGUACAGCAGAAGCCCCAAAUGCAAAGAGCAGCGCAAAUAUCCCAGAUCAAAUCGAACCCAGGGUUGUCGUCGGCAGUUUGCUGCUCCAUGGGGGCACUCGAGGUAUGUACAGCCACUGGGGCGUGGGAUCUGUGCAGAAGAGACUUCAGGGCACAAUGUUUGGCUUCAGUGUGUGGUUCAACUUUCCCUCCGUAGGUUCUGCUCUGCACGUCCUGUCACCUCUCCACAUACACGCUGCGGAAGGGAGCAUUCGCCUGCGGCAACGCAGCGCCCUCGUCUUAGCACCGCGCGGCAACAGCGAAGAGGAGCAGGUGGCUGAGUCUGCAAGGCCCUUUUACUCGAAGAGCACACCGGAAGCAAGAAAACUUCUUCUGGGGGCAUCAGUAUUGCUUUCGAGCGCAGCCUCUGUCUCUGUUGGGGAAGGGGCCUCUGUCCGCAUCAUCCCUGGAAGACGGAACUUUUCUUGUCGCGGGGACAAACCGCCUGGGUCAGCCCAGCCUCAGCAUGGGCUGCUUGAGGCGAGUGCAGAAGCGGUAGGAUUGCUUGCCAGUGAGCGCCUGCUUUUGCACGGUUCUCUAGGGCUCAGCGCUGCGCCGAGUGAUUGCCUGCCUGCUCCAUUGAGGAAAGCUCCUGUCCUUCUUUAUGGCGGACGUGAGGUUUCCUUAAGCGGGGAGCAGCACUUAGACCGGCUCAUUCUACUGAGUCAGGGUACUGUCACUUUGGCGGGGAGUUGCACUGUGGGAGAACCCCACCGCUGCAAUGUUCAGCGCACAGCAUUGAUGCGCACGGAACUCAACAGAGUCACUAAGGUGCCGGCAUCUUAUAGCAGUGCCUGCAGGGUCUUGGAGCGAUACGCAGGGGACCAUGUAGCUGCCCAACUCCAGAGGGCCGCGGGUUUGGGUAGCUCAUCUCCCGCUGAUUCCUCGGCUCACAUGUUUCAACUAGGAGAGGGGAGAACUGUGGAAAGGAAAGGGCGCACCAAAAGCAGCAGUCUUCAGGCUGAGGUUGAACCAGCAGGGACUGCAGAAGCGGACGUCAACCGUGACUGCUGCACAAUGCAGGCGCCUAUUGCCUCCAGCCCGCAGACAGACUGCACAGCUCAAGAUGUGCCUACGAAAGCCGAGGAGCAGAUAGUUCUGACCCAGCGCUUGAUUCGAGCUGUCCGCGAGGUGGCUGGAGGCAGGGAGGACAUAAAGGCUCCAAAGCAAGAUUUCUUCUCAGAACAGGGGAGCCUGCUGCGAAACGAGCUUCCCCUCGUUGUUAGCAGGCAGCUUGAGGAGCGUUAUUUCUCGAACAUUCCACCUGUGGAUCAAAGCGUCCCUGUGGAUCCACUUGGCAGAGUUGCGUCUUUAGAGGUCCGUGGAGCAAAUUUGCAACAAGGCAAUGAAGAAAGAAAGGCACGCUUUUUGUUGAAGGGUCUCCCCUCCUUACUGAAGCAAGAGCCAUCACGUGCGUCUCUGAAGCACGCUGGCUCUAAUGCCGUUCAUCCAGCACAACCCAUCUCACCAGAUGUUCCGAGGCAAGCACUGGCAGGGGAACCUCGGGCAACGGUUCACAACUCUUCUAAUGAAGAGGGUGGGUCCGUGUUCGAGAAACCACAAGAUUCUAGCGCGAGGGAGGCUGCGUAUGAGAAAGUUACAUUACCAGGGCCCCCGAAUAUUGCUUCUUUGGUGAAGGGGCCCAUCGUGUCGUUUGAGUCAGUUUACUCUGAAAGCACUGAACUACCUGACAAGGACUCUUCUGUCACAGCCCCUGUGAUCGCCGAGGAGCCCCGGGGUUUUGAAGACACGGCCACAGCCUGGAGUUUGGAGGACGCUGAAGCCCUAUUACUGGGUGGGGCAGUGCCGUGGAGUUAUCUAGAUGCUGCUGUAUUUGCUGGCGAGAGCCUGCUGCUAGAGUCCGGGGCCUCCCUUGUUGGGGGAGCGCUUCUACUAUGCGGAAAUCGCGGCAACACGGAGCUGAGGGGAACAGUAGAUGCUAGUCGACGGGGGUGCCAGCCUGCUCAUGGACCCGGGGCUGGCAGCAGAGGCGUUGCUGUAGAGGCUCCGCAGUCAAGGGAUGGGGAACCCGCUGCACCAUCUUUAGUUGAUCAAACUGCACUAUGCGGAGGAGGUGGAGGUGGUCACGUGGGACCUGGAGGAGAUGGAGUCCACGCAUUGACAGGCAAGCCGUGCAGUGGCAGUGGGGGACCUAGUUACGACGGGGAACCGCAAGUGAUGUCGAACAAGCCUCAUGUGCCCACCCCCCUAUUUAAGGUGAAACCAGUUCGCGUGGGGAAUAGCUCCUUCCUUUAUGCCUCCACCGAAAGCGCAUCGGGUGGGGGGGGAGACUUGGCAAGAGCUGGCAGCGGAGGUGGUCUCGUAUGGAUCCAGGGGCAGACAGUGACGGUUGAGGGCCAGGUAUUGGCUGAUGGUGGCGGGGGAGAGCCGAUGCAGGAAGCCAUUAUUGACAUCGAAGUAGACCACAACAAAUGCGUAGCCUUAGCUCCUUCGGUUGCUGACGCGCCUGCAAAGACUCGCAUUGCCUCUGACAAAGGCGCUGAAGGACGCCCAAACACAGUGGCCUCUGAUGUGAGCUUACCAUCGGCAGCAAAAGAAAACACUGCAGCCUCCGACGGGCGGAAAGCUGACACACGCCACCUGUUUCCCGAAGUGAGCUCGCUUUUUAGUGAAGGGAAGAGGGGCAACUCGGUUCCAAACGAGUCCCAAGUCGCUGCUGAAGGGAUCCACCCUUUAAGCAGCGUGCCUUGCCAGUUGUCGGGUAUAUUUGCCGAUCCAGCGCAGCUUGGGCAAGGUGGGGGAGCUGGGGGCUCAGUCGUCAUUGAAACAGGAGCACUUUUGGGGCAUGGUACCAUAUCCGCUAAAGGCGGCCACGGUGGCCGGUGCACGGGAGGCGGAGGAGGCGGCGGCGCCAUAGACUUUCUGUGGAAUCCGACGUCGUUCUAUUGGAUACGGAAAGACCUUGUCAAAUAUCAGUCUUUCCGUGCGAAUGGCAGUAUUGGAAUAAGCAGCCAAACCGGGAAGGAGUACGAAGAGACGGGGAAAGGGCUGGAAGUCUACUCAGGAUUCAGUGCCUUUGUUCCAUGGCUGAGGCCCUCAGAAUACGCUGGGGGGUUUAGUGGGUCCCUGAGAGUAGGAGGAGGGGAAAGUGACCCGUCCCCAGCUUGUGGCGCGCUGCAUUUGCCUCUAGGGCACCGUGGGUCUCCAGGAAAGGUACGAAGCCCUCUGGGCUGUCCUCCUGGCUAUGCAGGUUGGCGUUGCAGCCCAUGCCCUGUUGGCUUUUACUCGAUUGAGGGAGGCGAGGCCUGUCUAAGCUGCACGAACAAGCCAUCAGACGAUGCAAUAUACACGCGGGAAGCAGUUGGGGAUCCGUACUGCCCCUUUGCCUGCGCAGCUGGCCUCCCAGAUGCCUCGAUAAACCCACGGUGUCUCCCGCCUUUCCUCUUUAUAGUCGAGCAGCUGCUUUGCUGUGCAGUUCUGGUUCCUGCAGGGGCAAUAUGCUUCUUGUUAUUGGGCCUGGCUGCCCUCUGUCGAGAGAUCGCCCGUAGACGGGGACAGCAGGGUUGGGCCUACAGGACGUUGUUUGGUUUUCCUGCCUUUUAUGCCACUUCGGGAGGCCAGCAGGAGUCCGCAGCGGCAUCUUGUGGUUUUGGAGGGCUGCAGCCGUCGCCAUCAAGCUCUCUAGGGUACCUAGGAGGGUCAAAAGAGAAGCGUUUGAUGCACUUGGCGGUGCGGCACCUCACAUCAGAAGACUUGCCUUUCCACGUUUUGCGUAUUUACCUGCAUGGGCGUAACUCUCCGGACUCCCCAUGGGGUCUGGACGGGCAGCCUCCUCCGUUCCUGGACCCGCAUAUAAACCCUCACCGGUUCGCUGCAUUUGCAACAGAAGUGAACUCGGUUUGCGGCUUCAGCCGUUCCUUUGUCAGACUCUAUGGAGCACUCUGUUUUCUCUAUCCGGCCCUCGCAUCGUUGCUUCUACGUGCAGCGAGGGCCCGCAGAGCAGAUAAAAUGAUAGCUCUGUGUAGCGCUCUUUCUGGGGUCCCCUCAGGGACGACGGAGGGCGGUCUCUUUCGCACUUCCAUGUGGAGGCGAAAACCGUCCUUAGUCUCUGUCUUUCCUAUUUUCUGCCCGGAGAGGCAUGCCUGCAGAAACUUGGAUGCCAAGGCCGCGGGCUCCCUUUCUUUUUGGCGAAGCAUACGUGCUAGAGAGCUGUCCUUCGCCCUGAAGUUCGGCUGUGACCCAGACUGCACUCUGGGUUUUGUUGAUGUCUUGGAUCUAGACAGAAACAUAUUAGAUUACCGUUGCUCACCUCAGCUACCAAUGAUUCUACUCACUCAAGGUGAUGGACGAGUUGUGCCUUUUGGCCUCUCCCGGGGCCUACGAAGGCCAAGGGCCCCCAGGACUCCUCAGGCACCACGCGAGUCUAAUGGAAACGCCAGCCCUGCAGAUCCGCUGCAGGGGGCCUUGGAAGAGCUAGCGUCUCCCUCAGUGUGGGCUUGCAUAGCUAAUUUUUUCAGUUCGAAGGUCAAGGAGCUUACAGCGGAGGAGUUGAGUUCUCUCAGAGCCUUCGCAGGAAACAGUCAUAGUCUUCAUUCUAUAGAACCAGGGGGGCAACAACAUGAUGGAUACGAUCAGAAUACUGGGAAAUGGAUGAGACCUCCUAAGCUUCCACCAUUAGCAAGAGGGCUCUCCGGAAGCCCCUGGGAACAUCAUCCGUUCGCAAGAUGCACAAGAUGUGGGAAACUGCAACUGCCGCAAAUCCCUGAAGGAUCAGGCGGUAGAGCCUUUGGAUUGCUGAUGGGCGGGCCCCUGUUUGCCCUUCGAACUGUGGCUCGCUUGUCUGAAGGAAUUCGUCUCAUGAGUGACAGACUAUUGAAGCCUCACGGUAUCGGGGCUGCGGUGGUUGUGCUUGCAAGCCAUGGCUUCGUCAACAGGAACGAUGGAGUCAGGCGAGCAACCGGCUCUCCCGAGGAAGACAGGAAGAUGCAUGCGGCCGCACCGAAGCGCCACGCGAAGAUGCCCCCACUACCACCUGACGACAGAAUUAGGUGCGCUGCAGUACAGUACUUUGAGAGAGGAACGGGAAGGUACGGGGACUCAGGAGCCCCGAUGCUUCAAGGGUCUCUCGGCACUGGCUCCUUUUUACUGCGAGCUGCUUCUUCUCCGUCUGCCCUGCUUGAUAGCUUGCGUCGUAACAACUGCGUUCAAGAUACCAACGAAACUACCCCUGAGUUCAGGGCAUCGGGGAGAUGUUCCUCGGGGUCCAAUACUGCUGAAGGGAGGUCAGACGGCCUUCUUGUUGGGGAGAGGGGAUUCUUUACAACUUCACGAGACACCUACCUGCCAGGACCACGGCAGCAGGCUGCGACUACCAACUACAAGCAGAGAGAAAAGGAGAACCCAGAAUUUGUUGAAACUGAGGCAUUUCUUGCCUUAGUUAUCAAGGAAGAAGCCCCUGAGACCGAUGGGGAGGGGUCACAGCCAGCUUCAAACACGAGGGAGAGAGGGGUUUCCAGGAAUGAAGAUAUUGAAGCGGUUGUCGUACCCUCCUUCCCACCAGCUUCUUUUAUGACGGUAACCUCUCCACUGGACCCCCGCCGAUUGUCUCCAAGUAACCAGCCUCUUGCUCCAUACACCGCUGCUGCUGCGACGUCACUUCAGAAGUCCGUCCCACUCUGGGGCUACGGCCCAGCAUUUCCUGGCUCGUAUUGCUCUGGAGCCCCUGGGUGCAUUGGCGUUUCACAGAAAUAUUCUGACAGGCCAUCGUUAUUCUCACCAGGGCAUCACAUGCCGAGCGGAUUCAGAGGAGGCCGCAAAAUUACUGGCUCUUCUAGCAAUCUGUCGUCUCCGGAAUCUCAGCCGACGAGUUCAAUGUCGCCUCACGGAGAUGCACUUGUAGGCACCACAGAACCUGCUGGUGAGGCAGUAGCGUGCCCAGUCAUGUGCCUUGCUGAUGCAGCUAGGCGAUCUGCAGGUGCAGACGCGCAGCACCUCAGGGAUGCAGUCCAGGCUCUUCAAAAAAGUGCACUUGCCAAACUGGGGACAGGGAAAGACGACGCAGAUGCAGCUAUCAUCCACGACUCGGGAUUGGUGUCACGCAUCACAACAAGUGGCGCAGUGAGCCCAGAGGCAAGUAGUUUCGAAGAGUGCUCUUCGGGGGAUCGAGGAGCUCAAGCAUCACGAAGACGUGACCUUCACCCUUUGGCCCUCUUGCAGCUCACGUGGAGGCGUCUGCGUUUUCGAAGCUCCCCAACAGAGAUGGAAAGGCAGGUCUUUCUCACAGCGUUUUUGCACACUCAAGCCGGAGUGCAACUGUGCUGCUGCACAACUGAUUCCACGCAGAAGUAG